GAUUGUGCAUGAGCAAUACUAUCGCAAAAUGAAUUGUGAUACAAUAUUCUUGUUAUUUUCUAUAACAUUUUUAAUAAGUUAUAUUUCGUUAUCGGGCGCUGAUUGGUUUUGUGAUAGUUGUGAGGAGAAAAUUAGACCAAUACAAAGGUUGCUUGAUAAAACUUCAAUAAAAAAUAAACAACUCGAGUUAGAACUGCAUCAGUGUAAAAUUAAUAUUCAUAUUUCAAAAAUAAUUGAAAAAGAAUUUAUGAAACUAGACGAAAAACUCGAUAAGCAACCCCACAAUAUCAGUCAAGAAUUCAGUAAACUUUCUCAACUGUCGCAAGUCUCGAUUGAUAAGUUAAGUGCCAUUGAAAAGCAGCAACAAAGUUCAAAUUAUAGGGAAUUAAAUACAAUUACUGAAUGGCAAGCAAAAAUGUACGAAAAAAAUAAAGAGCUAAAGGCCAAAGAAAACGAAUGUGCUGAUUUAAGAAACCAACUGAAUGAGAUGAAAAAUGUCAUUAAGGAAAAAAAGACUCAAUUAAUAGAAAAUGAAAAGCGUGCAAAAAUCGUUUUAGAGCAAAAAAUUAAGGAAAAGUAUGACGAAUUGAAAAUUAUGAAAAGUCAAAAGGAGUUUGUGGAAGAAUACAACGCUAAACUUGUGGCUAAAACGCACAAUCAAGAAAAUCAACUCUCAUUCUAUUCCACCUGUUGCAAGACAGAAAGUUGUCAAAUUUUCGGCAACUCCACGAAUGCAAAAAUAAUUAAAAUUCCGGACGUUGAACCGAUGAAAGUGUCAUGCAAUGACAUUAUUGCUGAACCUGGUUGGUUAGUGUUUCAGCGACGCAUCGAUGGACACGAGGAUUUCAAUCGGAAUUGGACGGAUUAUCAAAUGGGUUUCGGCAACGUGAAAGAGGAAUUCUUUAUGGGACUAGAGAGAUUGCAUCAAAUAACAAAAUCCGAGCCACAUGAGCUCUAUAUUCAGCUCGAAGAUUAUGCGAAUGAGAAAAGCUGUGCUCACUACGAUCGAUUUGAAAUUGGCGGCGCCGAUGAGAAUUAUGUUUUGAAAUCGAUUGGCACUUACUCUGGCACAGCUGGCAACAGUCUGCAGGAUAACAUUGAGCAACAGUUUAGCACCUAUGAUCGUGACAAUGACUCCGACGAGAUUAACUGUGCCGAACUACUUUCUGGCGGCUGGUGGUAUUCUAAUUGUGGAUUCAGCAAUUUGAAUGGAAAAUACGCAAAGGAUAUCUUUUGGGACGAAUGGCGUGGCUAUGAGUACUCAUUGAAGUCUGUUGUAAUGAUGAUACGUCCUAAAAACACUCAGCAUCAAUAAUUCAUAAAUUGUACUUAUGAGUGAUUCUAAGAAAAACUGCCACUAUAUUUGAUUAUUAAUAAAUGCUUUACUUGGAAUGACGUACAUUUAUAUACAUAUUUUAUA